GCGGGAGUGGCAAUGUCCCCAAGCUUUAGCCCUUCUCCGUAAGAUCACCCCCACCCCUCUCUAUCACUCUCUCCCUUCGUCUUGCACAGCAUAGCAUGAGAGCGAAAAAACAGCUUAUUCAUUACACACGACGGAACAAGGGCGAUCGUGCGAGGUCUGCACUACUGAUCGCCUGCACCCCUGCAGAGACACGAAUGAGGCGGGAGUCGCCAUGAGGAGGCCUUGUGGCCUGAUGUGGAAUGACUCAGAGAAAGGACUGUGGUAGCCUCCCUGCUGCUGAGACUCUCACUGCGGCUGAGAAGAUCUUCCUCGCCCCUCCCUGGCUUCCCUGUCACUUGUCACACUUGUCUAACCCCUCUUGCACUACACGUUGAAGCCAAGAUCCGACCCACGACCUCUUUUCUCCCUGUGAUUGAAAAAGCUUUUGCCCCCUUCUCCCGCCAUCAUGCGAACCUACUUCCAUUCGUCCUCAGUCCUUCCUUUCUCCACGCCUACCCUCCUCCUGUCCAUCCUCCCCUGUCUCCUGCUCCUCUGCCUUCCUGUCUCGGUGCAGGGUGACUGCUGGCUCAUCGAGGGGGACAAGGGCUAUGUGUGGCUGGCCAUCUGCAGCCAGAACCAGCCCCCUUACGAGACCAUACCACAGCACAUCAACAACACGGUGCACGACCUGCGUCUGAACGAGAACAAGCUUAAGGCGGUCCUGUUCGCCUCGCUCAGCCGCUUCACCAACCUGACAGACCUGAACCUCACCAAGAACGAGAUCGCCUACAUCGAGGACGGGGCUUUCGCUGGGCAGGCCAACCUGCAAGUGCUGCAACUGGGCUACAACAAGCUGACUAACCUGACAGAGGGCAUGCUUCGUGGUCUGGGCCGCAUGCAGUGCCUGUAUCUACAGCACAAUCUCAUCGAGGUCAUCGCCUACAACGCUUUCUGGGAGUGCCCCAGCCUCAGCAGUCUGGACCUGUCCUCCAACAAGCUGGCCCGCCUGGAUUCCACCACCUUCACCAGCCUGAGCCGGCUGAUGGUGUGUGAGCUUGCUGGCAACCCCUUUCAUUGUAGCUGUGACCUCUACAGCUUCCUCACCUGGCUAGAAGCUUUCAACAAUGUCACGCACACCUACGACCGGCUGCAGUGUGAGACGCCUCGGGAGUUCUUCGGCUUCCCACUGCUGAGUCCCAUCGCGGGACACGGGCGUAAUGCCCGCAGCAUCCUGGCAUCCAUGUGCCGGGACGGGAUAUUUAUCACGGCGAUGACAUCGCUCCCGCCAGACUCUGACUCCUCCGGCUUUGGACCUGACAUAUCUGACCGACUCGGGCCCUUCCACCAGCCCACCCUCUCCUCCUCGACAGACCCCAGCUACAGCCCCAGCAUCAAGCUGCAACACGUCACCCUGACCUCAGCCUCCCUGCUGGUGCAGAUCCCUAAGCCCUACAGCAAAAUGUACAUCCUGGUGCAAUACAAUAACAGCUUUGUGUCUGACGUCAUGAACCUUAAGAACAGAAAGGAGAUCAUCACCCUGAACAAACUCAAGGCCCACACUAACUACACUUUCUGCGUGGCUUCCAUCCGCAACUCACAGCGGUACAACCACACAUGCCUCUACUUUGCGACCCGCUCGGUGAACCCAGACAACAUUCAACCCAAUCCCUCCACUACCACUCACUACAUCAUGACCAUCCUCGGCUGUCUCUUUGGGAUGGUCCUUGUUUUGGGCCUCGUCUAUUACUGCCUGAGAAGGAGACGCAUGCAGGAGGAGAAGCACAACUCCAUCUGUGUCAAGAAGACCAUUCUAGAAAUGCGUUAUGGCCCUGAGAUAGCCGCCGCAGCUGCAGCUAAUGAUCCCAGUGCCAUACAGAAGCUCCAUCAGCACCACCAUGGCAAACUUCCACCCUCUGCCUCCUCCAGCACCGGGAUGCUCCAUGGAUCCGCUGCCACAAGCUCAUCCCGGCUCUCCUCCAUCCCACAGGUGGAAAAGAUGGCCUCGGCUUUCUCGGAAGCCCUGGCAGCAUCAAAGGGGAACUACAUGGAUGUGAGGACCUCCUUGUCCAUUGAUGGUGGACUGGGUAUCCUGGGGGAUGAUGGGCAACCGGAGGAUGAUCUGUCAGACAUUGGUGAUGUCUCGGAUGAUGAUGGCCGAGGUUCCGCAUCAGAAAUCUCCACUAUUGCUAUGGAGGUGGACAAAGUCAAUCAGAUCAUCAACAACUGCAUCGAUGCUCUCAAGCUGGACUCUGCAGCUGUCGCAUCCGCAGCCUCUGCAGUAACAAGCCCCACCUCCCCACCACCGAGCUGCGCCUCCCCUCUUCCCAGAGGCCACAUACCUCUGUCUUCUGGCCUCCUUGAAACUUGCCAGAUCAUGGCAUCCCCCAAAAUACCCCCACCACCCCCUCUCCCCUUUGUCCUGCCUCACUCAGAGCGGCCGGGGAUCAGCGGCGGCGGAUUCCUGUCCCCUCCUUAUCGCCCCCCUCCACCUGCCACGGCGGUCCGGCCCUUGCAGAGGCACCUGAGUGCCGAUGCAGCUGGGGUGGUGUUGGGCCCCAUGAAGAAGCAGUGCAGCAUCUCGUCCAGUGGCUCCAUCAAGAGCUCUCGCGUCUUUAGUCUGGAUGUUCCUGAACCCAGGAGCCCAGACAUGUGCCACUACCCCGAGAAAGGCAGUCCAUUGGGCUGUGGGGAGCCCCUGGAUAGGCUGCCCCUAAUGGGCUCUGGGUUGGGUAUGGUUGGGGAAGGUGGCCCAAACCCAUGCCUGCAAAUGCACAUGGAGGAGCAUCAGGACUACCAGUGCGCGGAACACCGUCACUCUGUCCCAGCCCUUUACUACGAGGGCUCCACCAAUUCUCCCACUCAGAUAGCCUCUUUUCUCAACCCCCUCACCCGCACCAAGAGGGACGCUGCCUCCUAUUCUCAGCUCUCUCCUCACCACCACAACUUCUCGGGCUACUCCUCAAGCCCAGAGUACUCCACCGAGAAUACCCUCAGGAUCUGGGAGCGCUUCCGUCCCUACAAGAAGAGUCUUCAGGAGGAGGCCUGCUAUGUGACAGCGGGGAACGCCCUGCGAAAGAAGGUACAGUUCGCCAAGGGUGAGGAUUUGCAUGACAUCCUCGACUACUGGAAGGGUGUUUCCGCUCAGCAGAAGCUGUAAGGUGUAGGGAGCCGUGGAAGGGAAUCACCUUAGGAAACAGACUCUUCCAUUGGCUGAGACUUUGAUCCCCUGCAGUCCUUGACCAUUCACACAUGGGCGAUGGCAUUAAGGGCAUUACACUGAUCAAAGUCCACUUCCAGCGCCAUCAUACAAGCUUUUUUUGUUCAGUAUCCAACACAAAAUCAUAUAGCAGCUAAAACUGAGGUAUUACGUCACACGACAGGGCAAGACUACACAUUAGAUUCGUUAAUGCUUUCUUUAAGCUUCACUGCCGAAACCUUUGUUUGGGAUUGGAAAGAGAUCCUUUCAGUAAAUCAGAACAGUCGUCUGCGUGUUACUGUGCAAAUAUUUUGGAACGUCACAAGAGCCGUAAUCCCAGGCACCUAAGUUUACAAGAGUUGUGCUUCAGUCCAACAAAUCUACUUGGCACUGUGUUCAUUCUUAAUAGGCAUAUUGCCCAAAGAACUACUGAAGAUGUACAUUCCAUUUUCAGAGGCAAAACCACAGAGUUCAGAGCAGAAGCAGAUGCCAAAAUACAGGACAGGGAUGUCCAGUAAUGAGAGGAACAGCCUUUCAGUUAGAGUCUCCAUAGACCUGCGUCUUUGUCUGCUUCCUGUCCAUGGACCAGCCAAUAAAGACAAAUGAAAGGAAACCCAUUGAAAGAACCUUUUCACUGAGACACAUACAUUAUUCAUAGUGUAAUACUGUUUGCUGCAAAAUCAAAAGCUUCCCAUCAUAUCCCUGUGCUACAAUUGCAAUGAUUUACAUUAGAUGCAAUUUGAAAUCAUUCUGCAUUUAAUGGACUGUUCUCAUCCCACUUGUCUGCAGUGCAUGCAGGACUGGCCUCUAGACUGUGCUGUUUGUAAGUGGGUCUGGACUGAGAGUCCGCCACUGGCUCAUAGCAACAUCCCAAAGCUAUAGGAUACAGAUGGUCAAGUCUCCCCAGCCAAUGAGAGGACAGCCAAUUAGCUGCUAGGUAGCCUGGUGGUGUUUUAAGAAAGGUAGUAGCUUCACAGAACUCUAAGGCCGUGUUCUGGUUUAGAAUGAGCAAGGAUGUCAUUCAUGUUAGCAUGGAUGCUGUAUUCAUUGUGUCCUUUAUAGCAGCACUGAGCCCUUUGAUCAGAUUAUAUUAAAAUUUGUCAGAUGUGGCAUCAAGUGCCCCAGUAAGACGAUGCAAUAAAUUGCUGUCAUAUCAAACUUAGCUUCGGGAGCGACAGCUCCACAUUAUCACUGCGCUCUAAUAAGUUGCUGCUUUCCCCAUGAGCUCUGGGGGUAUCCCCUAAUCCUGACGCCAGUAAUGCUCGACAUUCGCCUUGUUUUCUGUCUGGUGGCCCUGGACGCCCCCAGAUGCGUUCAUAGACAGGGCAGCUGUGUUGCUAAUGACGGAGAACUGCCUGGCCAGGUCAAUGUAGAAAAGCCCCUGACACCACUGUCUGUUACAAACACUACACUUCUUUUGAGCUUUAGGAGUGGGAGAACAUGCUUUUUACAGUUUUUUGUCAUGUUGGGCCAUUUGCGUAAAAUUCACUCUCUAGCAUUUUGCCUACAAUCUCAAAAUGCACCCAUAGAUACCAGCCAUACUGCGCACAAUAUAUCUCACAGGUACGUUUUGCCCUUAAGAGGUGGCCACCUUCUGGGCUAAUCCCGUGAGAAGGACCAGCACGUCGGGUCAGUAUAGAGCGUAUGCUGGCAUACUUGACAGUGAAAUUUCAUCAGCUGAUAUUCGGAAGUCGUGUCUGGACUGGAGCGGUGCCAGAAUUCAGUCCUUAGCAGAAGUAAUACAUUUUACAAGAGGCUUUCUUUUGGAAGACAUUCUAGUAAAAGUAGAGGAGACUGGAGUGUUCAGAAAUUUGACAUAUUUCGCAGUUACGUUUCCUGGAGACUUUGAAGGCCCUGACAGUCUUGGUCCAGCAGGAGUAUUGAUUAGUUAACUCAGAGUUUUUAAGUUUCACAGGCUCUCUUUGGCCUAUUAGCCCAACACCCAGUCCUUUCAUGAAUCACCAGGACAAAGCAGGAUUCACUUCAGUGACAUUCGCACUGCAGGACGGCUGCUGCAGUGUUAUACCCUGUAGACUUAUGCACACUGGAUGAGCACUGUGUCUUUCAGAAGAAAUCAAACUCACAAAGAAGAGGAUCAUUUUGCCUUUUCAAUGUCUGACGGUGGGACUGCAACCGGUGGGGUACUGUGACUUACAUGAACCCAAACUAACUAAAACGCAACACACACACACACCCACGCACACACACACACACACACACACACACACACACACACACACACCCACGCACACACACACACACACACACACACACACACACACACACCAGUAUACUUAAUAAAAGGACUGCAAACAAUCCUAUAAAAAGUGAGUCCUUUCAUGAAAAUAAUGACUAAACAAAGGAGAAAAAAAAUAUUUCUGUUAGUAACUAAAUAAGUGUGUGUCAGACCUCUUCUCUGUUACCUCCUUUAGUACAUUUCACAUUUUAUUUAAUGGUAGCAGAAUUUAACUGUUUUUAUUUUUUUAUUUUAUUUGGCAGAGAGACAAGCAUGGACGAAGUUCAAAACCAAUUGCUUCUGGGUUCUCGUUGGUAUUCUGAGGGUUUAACCGAACCUGAGGUCCAAGGACAGCCCCUCCCCAAAGGGGUACCCAGGAUCUCUGACAUUUCAGGGAGGGAAGCUUACUGUGGUUGUUCUCUCAGUCAGGCAAUGUGGCAGAUCUGCUUUGUGAUGUGCAAACAUGUUAGCUUCAGAACUGCUCUAGCCAGGCUUUCUGCUGGUGGGCGGAGCUAAGUUGGCUUCAGCCUAUAUUUGGUCAAGCGAAAGAUACAACUAGACUGGAUUGGAUAAACUAGACUGGAUUGUGUAACAGUGUGAAUUAUAAAUGCUAACAGCUUUUCCGUUCCUUAAUUUCUUUUAAAAUAUUAAUUCUGUAUUUAUUGAUGGGAUUUUGUUUCUUGUGCAAAUUGUAUUUCAAUCUACUUGUUUUGUAGACACAGUAAGGAAUUUAUCUCAUCUGCUGUAAUGGACUGUGUUGGUUUGCAUGCACGCGGUGUGAGAAGGUGCAUAUCAGGGGUGGUUCAGCUUGUAUUCAUUGACGGUUCCUCUGUGAUUCGGGAGGCGUAUGUGCAGGUAAGACAUUCUCCAGGUAGAUACUGGUAAAGAUGUGUAGCCUCUGCAUGUUCAUGGUAGAUUUCUGUCCUCUGGCAUUUAUACCACUCUCCAUUGCCUUUAACCUCUGUCACGUGUGGUCAGACUCUACCAAGGUCCUAAUGAUACGACUGGAAAUGAAACAAAGCAACAAGGAUUAAUAGCCAACCUGUCAUGCCCAGCAUCUGCUCAGCAAAGCGCAUUAAAAAGGAAGUGUGUCAUUGACACUGUGUUAACACCCCCUGGCAUACCAGAAAUAUGCUAUUCCGACUAAAGUCAGACUCAAGUCUCACUGGAAGUAACCAAAAAUGUAGGUAACUUUCCUCAUCGUUUUCUUCAGUAUAAAAGCUUAAUUUUAAUGCUGGAUUGAUAUUUCAGAUUACUGAUGCCUGCAUUUCCCAAGGGCCUCUGAUUAUUUCCUGUGGGUGUUUCUUAAAUUGUCAUCGCAAGAGCAAAUUCUAAUGCUGGAAAAAAAUUACCUUCUUGGUAUCACUCGAGCAUUCAGGAAAUCAAAGGAUCGUGUUAAAGGAAAGGUGACCACAUUGCUGUCUCACAUGUCCAUCCACAGUUUGUUGAGUCUGUUCUCCUUUUAUGUGUUAUAAGUUCAGCUCAUGAAUUUCUGCUUCUAAGCUUAAUAUUGAAAGACAAACUAGAUCUUUUUGACCUCUCUUUGUAAAGAUUCAGUAGCGUUGAUACAUGGAUGCUUAAGCAGGGUUGCGGAAGAGUGAGGAUGGACAAUUAAUAGAGAGGAAAUAUGACAAGGAACAGGAAUAGCAUGAAAUUGGCAGGUGGUUCGGUUUGAUGUGAGAGCAUUUGAAGUUUGAGUUGAGGGGGAGGCAGAGAAGAGUGAAGAGACAGAAGGAGACGUUUAAAACGUUUUAUUAAGAUGAUAAAAUACUCUUGGAAACAGUAAGAACUUUUAGCUACUCUGUCAUUCUCUGUGGCUUUGAAACUGGACUUCACAUGGCAGUGGGUUUUAACUCAAAGGGGAGAUCUAGCACUGAUCUCCUGGCCGUUUUAAGUACAUGCUUCUUUGGUCAGAAUAGGGGCCCUGUGUCGAUCUGUCUGUGUGAUUACAGGCACCAUAUGUAAGGUGUACUAGCUGAACUAUGCAGUAUAAUAUUUUAAAUAUCCCUAUACUGUGUUACUGUACAAUAACAUCUAAUGGUUGAUGACACAUAGAUAGAUUAUCUAUCUAUCUAUCUAUCUAUCUAUCUAUCUAUCUAUCUAUCUAUCUAUCUAUCUAUCUAUCAAGAUCCCAAGGGGAGAUUCAGAUACGUAGGUGAUAGACGGAAGCUUUACGUUCCCUGAUCAAGAAUAAAAAUGAACCUAAGCUAUAAAUGACCACAGGAAAAUGCUUUUAUAAAUCAAUAUUGAUUAAAAAAUAAUGUUUAUCAUUAUCAGAUAGAGGCAUUAUGGGCAUCGAUCCCAUUUACACAUGGAAUCCCUGGGCUUUGUAAGCGAAGUGGUCGAGGGGCCAUACCGGACGAAGGAACGUGUCGAUUGCUCUUCAUCCCUUUUGGUUUUCAAGAGGCUCCAGUGACGUCACGCUGACCCAAUCGGUCCAGAUGUUCAAGAGCAUGUGACCUGAGAGAGUGAGAAAGAUCCCAGAAUGAUUAGAAAUGAGUCCCUGUUUACAGAGGCAUUGCCGAUAGUGAGGAAGGCGAGGGAGCAGCACUGGCACUCUGAAGUGUGCCUUUAUGCUAAAAUUAAUAAUAAGUACACUAGCCGUCUUUUGGCAGGAUCAGGGGCGAAAUUAUGUGAACGUGUGGGAGUUUCUGUAGGAGUUUUCAUACUGUGGCUUUUAUUGUCUUAUUCCUUUAUGUGUAUGUGCUAGUUAAUUUAUAAAAUACCCACAAUGCAGAGGUUUACGCUGGAGAGCCUGUCCUUGAUUACAAUGGUAAACCACCCCUCUAUGUACUUAACAUGUCACUGUCUGUUCUGGAAGGUUCUAGGACUGUGCUCUGAUGGUCAGCCAUCAGGAGAACAUUGAGGAAUAAGUGCCAAAGUGUGCUGCAGGCAUGCGUUGCCAACGGUAGAUUUUUAUCUGGAAAAAGUGUUUUAUUUACAUUUUGUUUAGCUGAUUUUUUUGUCUUUCUCCAUACAAUUUUUGAAAUGUUUGAUUUCUUAUUACAAAGACUUGGAAAAUGAAAUAUCUGUGAAUUUUGUACACUUAAAAGAACAUCUGACUUUUUUUACAGAGCUUGAUCUGUGUGCUGUUGUUCCGGUUUUUCUUUGUGGGGGGGUUACAUCCGGGGAGGCCAGCUGUGGCUUUUGGAUCGGGGGGAUAUACAACGAUCUGUAUUAAAAUUAAAUGUUAAAUGAAAAACCAACCUUAUAUUUGCAUGAUUUACUGUAUUUUUCAAGACAAAAAAAAUUAUAUUGCUGUGUACCAUGGGUGGAUGUCUGUCAAAAGCUAAACAAUAGGACUGAAAUAUUUGUCAUAUCCUUGUUUAAGAUUUAGGUUUAGGAUUUCGUUUUCGUUCUACGCUCUGCACCCAUCUGUUCUUCAUUGUUUAUGGUCUGAGUUGUGUGUUUCGUACGUCUCUUGUAAUCUCUGAUAGAAUUCUUACUGAGCAUAAGAGCACGUGAUACAACGGAGCUAAAGGUCUAGGGAAUGCCAUGGGAAAAGCGUAGAGCGUAUUGUUGCCCAAUUCUCCUGACAGCCAUCUUGGAUGAGCCCCCUUAAAUUUACAUAGUGUCACCAUGUGUCUUCACAGGAAGCUGGUAGAUACCGUAUGUCACAGUAUACGAGGGCACUUUAAAAUUUGGACACGGCAGAGCAAGAGUGCUCUCUUAAAGGGCUCUGCUUGGAUGUACUGGCAUGUAUUGGCACCAUUUCCAUAUUGCAUUAAUAUGCAGUUAAUAAGUAUUAAAUAAUAUCCUAUAAUCAACCAAAUUAAUGGCAACUUGACCAGUAAGAACAGUUUGGGCCGGGCCUUCUCAAGCUGGUUAUUCUCCCGGCCGAUGACAUAAUGACUGCAGCAGCUUGUAGGAGCUCAUCUUCAGACACAAAGAUGCUAUCGCUGGGCUGUGGAUGCCUUAGCCUCAUUAGCAGCUGCUGUCAUGGAAGAACAGAUGACUUUUAAUGUCAUGUUGAACUGAGAAAAUUGGAACAGGCAAUCAGUAAUGCAGUAUAGUUAAGGGAUAAAUCGUGUUGUAAUAAAAAAAAAAAUCAGAAAAGACUAAUAUGGGUAACAUUAAUAAUUUCCAGGAAUCUGUAAUCUUCAAGCAAAUUCUUGGCAUGUAAAACACCCUUUAAUUGUAUACGGCUUAAAUACUAUUUAGGAUCAGUGUGGUACAUUUCCAGAUAAAUGUGCUCCGGACGAAAACAUUACUCAUUUCUUUCUGAACCAAUAAACAGUCGGGACAGAGCAGUGAUUGGCGGCUCUAAGACCCAGUUAGAUUAGGACCCCACCAAAUGUGGCUAUACAUUGGUACUCUGUUGGACAGACAAGCUGACGCCCAUUGAUCCAGUUACACAAGCCCAGAUGUUUAGCAAGGGAGCCACUUAAUCUGCCGGUUUUUGUGCCGCGUCGGCAUCCGGCUGCCCAGGACGCGCUGGGGAGCCAGUUACCCAGUGGAUGUUCCUCCUGUGAUAUAUGGCACCUGGGAAUCCUGUACCUUAUGUAGCUGAUAGACGCUGCUGGGGGGCGCUGUCUGUCACAGGCUGUUUAGAUUCCCGGUCCUUUCUGCUAUGUAGGAGGCCACACGUCCACCCUCAUCUUACUGUCGCUUAUCCCCGAGAAGAGAGAGUAUAUUAUACACUCAUGUGCAUAGCUGAAAAUCUGUAUCAUGUGCUUCUGUUGCUCAGGCUUCCCAUUGGUCGAAAAUCCCAGCGGGGCCUUUAUCACACCGUAAGUAUAUCUGUGUUACAAAAUUUUAAUGUGCUUUUCUUAAUUUCUUUGCUGCAAAGCUUUUCCAUGGCAACACUAAGACCUUUAACCCGAUGAAAUGGAUGAACAGACACGACUAGAGCGACGUAACCGAUAAAAGGCUUGCGUGAUCUUUUUAUAGAUCAUCUAUGACAUCCAGUGUCUUUUGCUUUAACAUAUUCUCUUAGUUAUGAAUAUUAAAAAUCUGUUGUAAAAACAUAAUAAGUCACUAAAUUUGGUUGCUUGCUAUAUUCAGCUUUUUUAUAAAGACAUUUAACUUUCUCCUCCCGAUUUCUGUACAAAAAAUCUAUUUCUAUAUUUGCAAUAAAUUUGUAAUGAAAAAUCA